CGUUGAUCCAUCUCUCCUUCCAGACCGCCUACCAGGCUAGAUUGUUGUUGUUGUCACGCCGCUACAGUCUGCUCACAUCAUAAGGACGUCUUGGACCCAAAAUGGUAGCCUCCAGUUCCACGUCCACCUCCACGGUGAUCACCACCUUGGUGACUAACAUCGUUCUCUGUGGAAUCUUCGUCACCUGUUUCCUCCUUCUCCGUCUCAAGUUCAAGCGGAUCUACUCGCCCAAGGCCUCGUUCGACUUGGUGCCCGAGGAAAAGAAGCCAGAGCCGCUUCCCAAGGACCCUUUCAGAUGGGUUUACAUCCUCUUGACUAAACCUCAUUCUUUCAUUCUCCAGCAGGCAGGCUUGGAUGGCUACUUCUUCUUGAGAUACAUCUUGGUGAUGGCCAUGUUCUUCAUGUUUGGGCUUCUCACCUGGAUCAUCUUGUUGCCAGUCAAUGCCACCAACGGAAACAAUAAUCCUGGCUUGGACCAGUUGUCUAUUGCCAACGUCAAGCACGAAAAGAGAUACUACGCCCAUGUGUUGGUCGGGUGGGUUUUCUACGGCUCGCUCAUCUACGUGAUUUACCGUGAGUUGUUCUUCUACAACUCGUUGAGAUCCGCUGCUCUUUCCUCCCCCAAGUACGCCAGACAGUUGUCUUCGAGAACUGUGUUGUUCAAGUGUGUGCCCGACUCGUUGUUGGACGAAAAGCAGUUUUUCAAGAUGUUUGACGGUGUUACCAGAGUCCACAUCCCCAGAACCUGCAGAACCUUGGAAGCCAAGAUUAAGCAAAGAGAAGGCUUGGUCACCAAGUUGGAAGUUGCCGAAAACAAGUUGUUGAAGUUGGCAGUUAAGCACAAGUUGAAAGCGGACAAGAAGGGCGAAACUAUCGAGCCUGCCGACGAAAUCAGCGCUUACGUCCCUGAAAAGAAGAGACCUACUUUCAAGCCACACGGUAUGUUCACCCUGAAGGUGGACACUAUCAGAUACUGUUUGGAAGAAAUUCCCAAGAUCGACGAGGAAAUUAAGCAGAUGCAAAAGAACUUCAGAUCCUUCAAGCCAAAGAACUCGCUUAUCGUUGAGUUCGAGGACCAAUAUAAGGCCCAGAUGGCAUACCAGGUCACUGUUCACCACAACCCAUUGAGAAUGCAACCUACCAUCACUGGUGUCGAACCAGCCGAUAUCAACUGGUCCAACUUGAGAAUGUUCUGGUGGGAAGCUAUGACCAGAAGAACUAUUGCUUUCGUUGCCAUCUGUGCCUUGAUUAUCUUGUGGUCCAUUCCUGUUGCAUUUGUCGGUGUUAUCUCCAACAUUACCUACUUGACCAACAAAUUGCCAUGGUUGAGAUGGAUUUUGAAGAUGCCCCACCAGUUAUUGGGUAUUAUCACCGGUUUGUUACCAACCAUCAUGUUGUCUAUUUUGAUGGCACUUUUGCCAUUGUUCAUAAGAGGUAUGGCCAAGGUUUCUGGGGUGGCUUCCGCCCAAGAAGUCGAAAACUACACCCAGAGGGCCUACUUCGGUUUCCAGGUCAUCAACGGUUUCUUGGUCACCACCAUUGCAUCCUCUGCUGCAUCCACUGUCACUCAGAUUGUUGAAUCUCCAGAGAGGGCCUUGUCUAUCUUGGCCGGAGGAUUGCCAAAGUCUUCCAACUUCUACAUCUCUUUCCUUAUUUUGCAAGGUUUGUCUGUUGCUGGUGGUUCUUUAUUCCAAGUUGUUGGGUUAUUCUUGUACUACAUUUUAGGAUACCUCUUGGAUGGAACUCUUAGAAAGAAGUAUGCCAGAUUUAGUGGUUUGGGCUCCAUGGGUUGGGGUACUACCUUCCCUGUGUUCACUAACUUGGCUGUCAUCACCUUGGCUUACAGUAUCAUUUCUCCUAUGAUUUUGUUGUUCGCUACUGUUGCUUUCUUCUUGGUUUACAUCACUUACUGUUACAACUUGACCUAUGUCUUCAUUGAGGCUCCAGACAACAGAGGUAGACACUACCCCACUGCUCUCUACCAAACCUUCACAGGUAUUUACUUGGGCCAAAUCUGUUUGUUGGGUAUCUUCGCUGUUGGUAAGGGAUGGGGUCCUAUUGUCUUACAAGUCAUUGGUCUCAUUUUCACUAUCUACUGUCACCUUAACAUCAAGAGCUCUUUCGGAAUCUUGUUGGACGUCGUUCCAGUCGACUGUAUGAGGCCAUUGGACGGUGUUUCCCACACACCAUCCUCUACCAGUGAAACUGAGUACAGAAAGAAGAUUUUGGACAGAAGAAACAGAAAGUCCAAGAAGCUUGAGAAGGAAAUUGAAAACGAGAAGGAAGAAAAUGAGAGGGUCAAGAAUAACUUGGCCAACGAUACCGAGUUUCAGGAGGAGGGCAUCGUGCCUUUGCUUGCGGACCGUGAUUUCAAGACUCUCAACACACCCAACCCAUUCUUUAGAUUCUUUAGGCCAGACGUCUACUUGAACUAUAGACACGCCAAGGAGUUGUUGCCAGCCACCUUCAACAUUGAGCCUGAGCAGACCAACUCCAAGCACGCCUAUAACUUGCCAGCUGCUACCGCUGCUUGUCCAAGCGUUUGGAUCCCAAGAGACCCUAUGGGUUUGUCCACCAUUGAAAUUUCUGAGAUUUCCAAGGUUGUCGAAGUCAGUGACGAAAACUCGGGUUUCGAUGAGAAGGGAAAGAUUAGAUUCCUCGGCGCCCCUCCAUUGUAACUAGCCUAGAAGUUACAGUUGUAAUUGAAUAAUAAUACUAAUAGUAAUUGUA